AUGUUUAUUAGUAUAACAUUCGGUUUUACAAUUUUGUGUAUUGUUGAUGCAAUAAACAUUGACAACGAACUUCGAGUUACUAAAAUAGAUUGUUACGAACGUAUAGCCAUUGGUCAAAGACUAAAUUCAAGUAAUAUUUACAAGAUUUUCAAAUAUAAAACUGUGAAUGAAUGUAAAAAAGAAUGUUCUGAAGAAAACGCAGCUUGUAAGUCCUUCAGUUUUGGGAUAUCCGUUAAAGGUAACGGUUCAUGCGAACUUGGUUCAAUCACCAUAAAAGAAACAGGAGAUUUAAAACCAGCUGGUACUGUAUCUGAUGUAGAUUUUGAUUUAUAUAUUAAAAAAACAGGAUGUACAGUAGUUUCGGAUGAGUUUCCAUAUCGUAAACCUCCUUUGGAAGAUAAAUUUUUGAUAAACAAUAUACAUGAUGGAGUUCAAAAGGUACAGACAAUUGUGAGCGUCGCUAGUGGUCCUCAAUCUGUACUUAACCCCAUUCAUGGAAUCUUAGUAUCUCCAGAUAAUAUGAAAGUGAAUAUUUGGGAUACUACCAACGAUUGGUAUAAAGAAAUACGCAAAAUUUAUCCGAAUUAUUAUGAUUCAUACAAUUUUGGAUCCGAUAAUAAUUUUGAUUUAUAUCAUUAUGCUCAACCAACCAAUGUUCCAUAUAAAGAUAUUAGUAGAUACGACAAUGAAUUCCAUUAUACGAGAAACAACAACAAAGUACCAACAAAUGCUUAUAAUCCAAAAUCGGAUUAUCGUCUAUAUCCUACUCCACAUAAAUACGGUUCAGUAAUUCCACAUCCUAACAAUUAUUAUGAAAGACCAACUCACCACGAUUACCCUUAUCCAUCCUAUAAACCAAGUAAUAAACCUGAAAGUAAUGGGUAUCAGUAUGAUCGCCCACAAAGACCAUAUCAACCACAUCAACAACAUCAACCACAUCAACCAAACUAUCAUUCGAAGCCAGUUUCUUCUUCAUUUAUUUACGAAAUUGAUUCUAAUAAUCAACCUAUUUCUGAAUCGACUCCACCAAAGAAAAUAAACUCCGUAUCAAAUUCUACUGGAUCCAAAAGGCCUGAAAACACCUUUUCGAAACCAAUCGUUACACAUAGUAAAGGCUACAAUGGAAUGCAGAUAACAUCUAUUAUCACCGAAAUUAAAGAUGUUGAUUGUGAUCCAACUUCUUGGAUUCCCGACGUAGUCUCAUCUGGUAACUACAUAACUAUUUCAGCUGGAUUUUGGGGUCUAACUUACAAUAGAUCUGUUCCCGAUGCACCAAAUAACGUUUACUGUUUACCUCUAACUGAUAUUAUGCUGUAUUUGGAGUUUAUUGAAAUGACUCUGGACAAUGUCCAACUUUCAUCAUCUUCCGAUGAGCUCUACCAAUAG